CGUUGGCGUCCUUAUUCUAAGGGUCGUCAUCCCUUAUUUAAUUCUGGAAUCUUUGGGAUUAUAUACAUAUACUUCAUCUCUGAGAUAUACAUUUCCUGUGAAAUACAGGAUCUAUUUCACCUAUCCCAUUCCUAAUUGACAUAUAUACACUCAUUCAACAUGCCAGCCCACAAAGGAUGGUUACCGCGCGAGGGUUUCUCCUCUGAAGUACUCGGCUCCCUCAUCAAGAAGACCCUCCUCAAUCCCGCCCUCACCCUCCCCCUCGUCCUCCUCGCCCGCUACACAAAGCAAGGACAAAACCUGUCCAUCCUCCACGAAACCGCCUUCUCGCGCCUCCAGAUCGCCCUCGCCCUCGGCCUCAUCCGCUAUGCAAACAACUACCUCUCCCAAAAGGCCCUGGACAACUUCAAGUCAGACAAGUACAUCUGGUCGCAGGAAGUCGUCCUCGUCACCGGUGGCGCUGGUGGAAUCGGCGGCGCGAUCGUCCGCAUGCUCGCUGAGAAGGGCAUCAAGGUCGUGGUGCUCGAUGUCAUUCCCAUGACCUACGAAGCCACCGCCAACGUCCACUACUUCAAGUGCGACAUCACCGACUCCGCGACCGUCGCGUCCGUCGCAGCCGAGAUCCGCCGCACCGUCGGCAACCCCACCAUUCUCGUGCUGAACGCCGGUGUCGCGCGCGGAAAGUCCAUCUUAGAGGCCACAGAGAAGGACGUCAGGUUCACCUUCGACGUCAACUCCAUCGCGCAUUACAUCCUGGCGAAGGAAUUCCUGCCCAGCCUGAUCGCGCGCGAUCACGGGAUGGUCGUCACGGUCGCGUCGAUCGCGGCGUUUAUUACGGUGCCGAGGAUGGUGGAUUACUCGGCCUCCAAGGCGGCGGCGAUGUGCUUCCACGAGGGACUGGGAGCGGAGCUCGCGACGCUGUAUAAUGCGCCUAAGGUGCGCACGGUGAUUGUGAACCAGGGGUACACCAAGACGCCUUUGUUCCAGGGCUACACUAACAGCUCGUCGUUCAUGGUGCCGUCGCUGGAGGUGGACACUGUUGCUGAGGGCAUCGUGAACCAGAUCCUGUCGGGACACAGUGGGCAGCUUAUUAUGCCGGGGUUCACGAACAUGUUGACUUACUUGAGGGGAUUCCCGCAUUGGUUCCAGAGGAGGACGAGGCAUGACGGUGUGUCGAUCAUGGCGAAGUGGCAUGGAAGACAGGUCAUUGAUGUGGAGAAGGAGUAUGGUGUGAAGAAGGAUAUCAGCGCGUCGACUGUGUUGGUGGAUAAGGAGGAUUAAUCGCCGUCGCCGUAUAUGGGAUGGGAGGCAGAGGCACGUAUUGAAAUGUGAUAUGGAAUGGGAGUUUAGGAACCUGCGGAAACGCAUGGCUAACGCUUCGAGGUGGCUUUUCAAGGGUUUUCCUCGUUUAUGAAGAGAUGGAGCUUGUAUCUAUGUAACCUCUUGCUAUGUGCAAAUGAUACCCGCACAAUUUUGUAUAAAGAAACUUAUCUGUAA